ACUGACCCAAAAGCAAAGCGGCAAAAACCACAAGAGAGAGGAGAAAGAUCCAAAAACUAAACAGCCGACUACUUCGUCCAACAAACACACUAUUUUUUCGGAGAGAGAAAAUUAAAAAAAAGUGAUUGGGAGAGAUACAGAGAGAGAGAGAGAGAGAGUUUUUGAAUCGCAUUGCGUGCCCUUUGCAUUCCGCGUAAAUCGUAAUGGCUCUCGAAACGUUGUUAGCUCUGUGAUUUCGGCUGUUUGGAUUGCGAGAAUCUCAGAAAGAAAGUGAAAGAGAAAGAUGCAAAAAAAGAGGUGGCGACCAUUGGUGGUGCUGAGGAAGGUGCUAACGUGCGCCAUAUGUUCGAUAGCGCUGGUCGCUCUCUUCUCAGUCCACGUUCCCGCUUUCCCUUCCUCUAAGGUUCCCAAGUUCUCUGACCCUUUCAAGCUUCCCACGCAACAUGAAAUUAAAUACCAGAGGUUGAGCGCCGAGCGGAGCUGGACUCAGGAGCUCGCUCCGCCCCAUUCCAAAUCUCCUCUGCCCUCUCGCAAGUUGGAUAGCGCGGGCGGGAUUUUGGAUUUGGAGAAGCUGUGGAAACCUCCGUCGAACCGCGAUUUCAUACCUUGUGCAGAGCCUGGUCUUAAUUAUACGCCUCCAGCUGAGUCGCGAGGUUACCUUCUGGUUCAUACGAAUGGUGGGCUCAAUCAGAUGCGCGCUGGGAUAUGUGACAUGGUUGCUGUAGCCCGUAUUAUAAAUGCUACUCUUGUAAUCCCAGAGCUUGAUAAACGGUCAUUUUGGCAAGACUCCAGCAAUUUUUCAGAUGUUUUUGAUGAGGAUCAUUUUAUUAAAGCUCUAGCUAAUGAUGUAAAAGUCAUAAAAAAGCUUCCUAAGGAACUGGCUAAUGCUACAAGGGCAGUGAAGCACUUUAGAAGCUGGUCUGGUAUGGAAUACUAUGAGGAUGAGAUAGCUAGCAUGUGGGAAGAUUAUCAAGUUAUUCGAGCUGCCAAGUCUGAUUCUCGCUUAGCAAACAACAACCUGCCCCCAGAUAUACAGAAGCUACGUUGCCGUGGUUGUUAUGAAGCUCUCCGUUUUGCACCUCGAAUUGAAGCAAUGGGAAAAUUGUUAGUGGAGCGGAUGAGGUCUUAUGGCCCUUAUAUCGCUCUGCAUUUACGUUAUGAGAAGGAUAUGCUUGCCUUUAGUGGAUGCACACAUGAUUUAUCUGCAGAUGAAGCUGAUGAACUUAGGAUGAUCAGAGAGACUACUCCAUAUUGGAAAGUUAAGGAUAUUGAUUCCAGAGAACAGAGGUCCAAAGGGUUUUGUCCCUUAACACCAAAGGAGGUUGGGAUAUUUCUCACCGGUCUUGGAUAUCCAUCAAACACUCCCAUAUACAUUGCUGCUGGAGAGAUUUAUGGAGGUGAUUCUCGCAUGGCAGAUCUGCAGUCCCGCUUUCCCUUAUUGAUGAGCAAGGAAAAAUUAGCUUCUGUCGAGGAGCUUGAACCUUUCAGAAAUCAUGCAUCUCAAAUGGCUGCGCUUGAUUACAUAGUCUCAGUUGAAAGUGAUGUAUUUAUUCCUUCAUACUCGGGAAACAUGGCUCGGGCAGUUGAAGGUCAUCGACGAUUUCUGGGACACAGGAAAACAAUAUCUCCAGACAGGAAAGCUCUUGUUCGUCUAUUUGACAAACUUGAGCAGGGAACAAUGAGCGAAGGCAAAAGUUUAUCAUACAGAAUCAGUGAAAUUCACAGGAGACGGCAAGGCUCACCACGGAAGAGAAAAGGUCCCAUCUCGGGAACAAAGGGCAUGGAUAGGUUCCGCUCGGAAGAAGCGUUUUAUGUAAACCCUUUACCUGAUUGCUUAUGUCGGAAAGAAUUACCGAGUGCAAAUGUCUCUUUGGUAAUGAGGUAGAAGAAGAUCAGACAAUGCAGAACGAUUCUCACCAUAGAGAUCCCAUGCUGCCAGGUGGCAGCGCAUUUCAUUCCUAUAACAAUUUAUCCGUACGUUACAAGCUGAUGUUGCUGCUAUAGUCCUAGGGGACUCGGAAUGUGUAUAUUCUUUGAGCUUAGGCUGGGUUGGGGGGCAUUAGUCAGUACAGAAGAUUUUAGGUGAAAAGGACAAUGCAUUGGAGUGCAGGAAAAGGCUGGGGAAAGGAUAACCAAAAGAAAGAAUAGUGUAUUAAUUUUAGAAUGCAAAACAUAAAUAAAAAUGUAAAUUUUUGACUCAUCUCGGCCUCUGGGCGCCUCACUACACAGGCCGGGGGUUUUUAUACAAUGUUUUUCUUUCUUUUUUUUCAUUUUUGA